AUGGCAGAAGGAAUAGCAUUUGACAUUGCGGGGAAAAUCUUUGUAGGCUUGGGGUCCUUGGCUCUCGGAGAAGGCAAAUUGGCAUGGGGUGUUAAAGAUGAGAUUCAAAAACUCAAAAACACUGUCAACACUAUCAAAAAUGUACUUCUUGAUGCUGAGGAGCAGCACAGCAAAAUGAACCACGUGGUGACAGAUUGGAUUCAAAGGCUCAAAGAUGCAUUUUAUGAAGCAGAUGACUUGCUAGAUGAUUUUUCUGCUUACCUUCAACGACGAGAGGUAAUGACUGGAAAUAAAAUGGCAAAAGAGGUACGCCUUUUCUUCUCCAAAUCUAAUCAGAUCACAUAUAGUCUUAAAAUGGCUCGUAAGAUUAAGGCUAUUAAGGAGAAACUAGAUGCAAUUAAUAAUGAUAGGAACUUCGACCUUAGGGAGAGUCUUGAGGAAAAAAGAGUCAUGAACAUAGAAAGGGAAACACACUCCUUCAUACGUGCAGAAAAGGUUAUAGGAAGAAAUGAUGAUAGAAAAAAGGUUAUACAACUUUUGUUGGACUCAAACACGGAUGAGAAUGUUUCAAUCAUUUCCAUAUUUGGGUUUGGAGGAUUAGGAAAGACCGCACUUGCUCAACUUUUAUACAAUGAUGAGCACAUCAUAAACUAUUUUCAAUUAAGGAUGUGGGUCUACGUAUCUAAUACCUUUAAUGUGAAAAUAAUUGUGGAAAAGAUCCUAAAAUCUGCAACUGGUAAGAAAAUUGAAGGACUUGAAAUGGAUCAAUUGCAAGAGUACCUACGGAAAGAAAUUAAUGGGAAAAAAUAUUUACUAGUUCUGGAUGAUAUGUGGAAUGAAAAUCCCAAUACAUGGAAUGAAUUAAAAAAUUUGUUAAUGGAUGGUGAAAGAGGAAGUAAGAUACUAGUGACUACACGUAAUGAGCAGGUUGCUAACAAAAUUAAAUCUUAUGUCUAUCCCUUGAAAGUACUAGACGAAAACAAGUCUUGGUCUUUGUUUACAAAAGUAGCCUUUGAACAUGAGAUAGAGCCAAAAGAUUCAGAACUAGUAGAGAUUGGAAAGAAGAUUGUAGCAAAGUGUGGAGGAGUUCCUCUUGUUAUAACGACUAUAGGACACUUACUUUAUGGUAGUAAUAAAAAAGAUGAUUGGUUGCAUUUUAAGGAUAAUGAAAUGUCAAAUGUGAUUGAAGAAGAAGGUGAUAUUUUACCAUCACUCAAGCUUAGUUAUGAUCAUCUCCCCUCACACUUGAAACAAUGUUUCGCUUAUUGUGCAUUGUUUCCCAAAGGUUAUAAGAUCAAGAAGCAAAAGCUAAUAUAUCUUUGGAUGGCACAAGGGUUUCUUCAAGCCUCAAAUAAGGAUUGUCCAGAAGAUGUAGGUAAUAAGUAUUUUAUGAUUUUACUUUUGAGGUCUUUUUUCCAAGAUCCUCAAUAUGAUGAAUGGGGCAAUGUAAUUGCAUGUAAGAUGCAUGAUCUUAUGCAUGACCUUGCACAAUUAGUGGCAAGAAUUGAAUGCACCUUACUAACUUUAGGCACGGCUAAAGAUGUGGAUUUAAGAUGUCGUCAUGUAUCACUUGAUUGUGGUGAUGUAAAAAGAUCAUGGAAAUUUCCAGUUGGAUUAUAUAAUGCCAAAAAUACAAGAACUUUACUUUUAUUUUAUCGAUCAAAUUGGGGAUUUGACUUGGUUGGUGGUUGUGAAAUUUUUUCAAGUUAUAAGUACUUGAGAACAUUGGAUUUUGGACAGUUAAAGUUUAAGAAGUUGUUGCAUUCAAAUGGUAAGCUGAAGAGUUUAUUUAGUGAAUUUUGGCAUUUACGAUAUCUCAAUUUUUCUUAUAUGCAUAUUGAAAAACUUUCAAAUUCGAUGUCGAGACUAUGGAAUUUGGAAACAUUAGACCUCUCCCAUUGUGACAAGCUUAAGGAACUACCAAGAGAUAUUAGAAAAAUGGUGAAUCUCAGGCAUCUUAUAAACAAAAAAUGUGAUUCCUUAAUUGGAAUGCCACGUGGAUUAGGAUGCUUGAGUAAUAUUCAGACUCUGUCACUAUUUGUAGUAAGUCAAAGAAAGAAGAAACACAAUGGGAUAGAGGAAUUGAAUGGGUUGAACAACUUGAGGGGGAAACUAAAUAUAAAGAAUCUAAAAUACGAGGAAAAUGGCAAGUUGGCCAAUUUAGAAGGAAAGCGAUUUCUUCAGUCUCUUGUAUUGGAUUGGGGGAGAAGUAAUAAUGGAGAGGUUCAAGGAAGUGAUGAAUUGGUGUUAGAAGGUCUAAAGCCACACCCAAAUUUGAAAAAAAUUAUUAUAAGUUCAUUCAUAGGUGUGAAGCUGUGUAGCUGGCUUUCCUCCCUCACAAAAUUAACUUCAAUUAGUAUAAAAGAAUGUAAUAGAUGCCAACGUAUCCCAGUGUUGGAUCAAUUACCUCAUUUGAAGAGUUUGUCUCUUGCAUAUCUAGAUGUUGUGGAAUACAUUUCAGAUGAAGCAAGUAACAAUUGUUCAACAUUCUUCCCGUCACUUAAAGAACUGGCACUCUACAAUUGUCCUAAAUUGAAGGGAUGGUGGAGGACAGAUGUUGAUAACGCAGCAGAGUUGCCUUCAUAUCCUUGUCUUUCCAAAUUAGAUAUCCAAACUUGCCCCAACUUGACGUUCAUGCCGCUGUAUCCAUCUCUAGAAGAACUAAGGUUGAGUGAGACUAGUUCAAAAACAUUAGAACGGACGAUGAUGUUGAUGAAUAGAGUGGGAGCAUCAACUUCCUCCAGCUUUUCUGCCCAUCUCUCCAAUUUAAAGUCUCUGCAUAUUUUUAAAAUUCUCGAUCUAGAAUCUCUACCAGUGGAAAUGAUGCAAAACCUUACUUCUCUAGUGGAUUUGAAAAUUUUGUCAUGUCCAAGAGUUCCGAAAUUGGAAGAAGCUAUAAAAUCUCUCCGCUCUCUUCAAAAGCCAAUUAUUAAAUCCAUUGAAGAAAAUGACCCAGAAUGGAUAAGUCUUCGGAGUAUGGUCAUUCGUAAAAUACCUGAUUAUAGUUGA